AUGGAUAUCAACAGGCAACAAGGUGUUUGUAAGAGUAGAGGACGAGAACAACUACGACUUACGAUUCCCGCGCCUGCUAUGUUACCGAGCCACGAGUACGUUCGAGAGAAGACGUCUCGUGAGCCGCUCCUCGUGCCACCAUUCUCUCGAGAGGGAGCUGUUCAGGACGAAAUUGCCUGUCAGUCGUCCACAUCACUUGCUCAGACGAUCAUCGACAGGCCACGAUCGAGGCUUACAAGUCGACCAGUAUCCAUGUCCAGUAUCAAGAGCAGAAGUGAUAUGUCUAUGCGUACUCAAUCAACUACUUUGGACGCUCUUGUCAAUGUGAUCAGUGAGUCUCACAGACGUACCAACUACGACAACCAACGAUGUGGUGCUCCGACCAGAGCAAAAUCCCUUGAAUGUUCUGACAAGCCAUCUACUCCACGACCGUCGGCCAAGGCUAUCACAACUUUAAAGAGCCUCUGUGCGCAUUCUACCUCUAAGAAGCGACGUAAGAUGGUCCAGGGAGCUACUGUUGCUCCUACGAUUGCGCAUUUAGAGAAGAGCAAAAUGACCCAGGCCGGGCGUUUGUUGCCGCGUGAAGAGACCUUUGGCGGUGUUUUGAGACCACUGCCUGCUCUGCACGACGCUGCACAAGAUCAGGCAUUCACUGAUGAAUGUAUGGAGAUGUUGUCCUUCAGGAAAAAUUCGUCGCCUGACUUGAAAGAUGAGACACAAUCCCUCGACAGCCCUCGGCUUCAAGGCAAUUCACUCGGUCCAUUAUUAUGGAGUCCACACCGCUCUCGCAGGACUUCGGAAGCUAUCUCGGUCAGCAGUAGCAUCCUCGACUUUGGCUGGCCAGAACAAAACUCAAACCACCAAACCGAGAGUGGCCUUGGACCUGGGCGUCCUAGGCCUGACUCCAGUCUAGCCGGUUCACUAGAUUUGAAAAACCCUUCCACCAUGUUGCCCGCGGACCUGUUUGGCCCACGUCUGUCCAGGACAGUGUCGAAGGUUUCAGAAGCUUCGUGCGCAACUCGCCGACUAUAUGGUAGAGGUCCGCCAUCACAACCACCUUGUGUCUCAUUGCCUCCAACUCCAGGGAAAAGAGUUCGUACUUCUAAUUCGGAGUCGCCCGUAUCGCCUGCAUCGCCCGUCUUCUUCAAUCAUGUUGGUCGACGACAGUCGAUUGCAGAUUCUUGCAGCUAUCUCUCAAGCGAUAUCAUCCAGGAGAAUAUGAUGGCCGAGACCGCUAGAAUCAGACAUGUCGCUAUCAACAACGGGUUGUCUGUAGUUCCUGAUACUGUCACACGCCUGUCAGUCAACCGUAAAGAUCAUGAUGGUCGAUCCAAUAAUGCUGCUCCAGCGCUACUAAAGCCUGGUCACAGUAGAGGUAGUAGAAACAGGCGAGUCGACUUGGUGAGGCGCAAACACAUCUUCAUGCUCACCAACGACAACUACGAUGACCGACCCAAUGACAGCUACGUGAUCAGCAACACAGAACCUCAUCGGUAUGGUCCAUCAUCCGAUGCUAUGCAACCUAGCAUAACCCCACAUCAGAACACUACCAAAGUAUUUAAUCCGUUAGCCCAAAAGCCAUUACCUUCACCUCCUUAUGAUACCGGAUAUGUGUGGCAUCUUGACUCUGCGAGUGAUACCACAGAUUUUAUUGGAAACGCUGCAGAUGGUCAAGAGGUACAAAUUCCUAGCACAUCAUUUGAGGUUACCAAUCGCCCAGCCACACCCUCUUCGCUGUCAAGCUCCGAUGUCAUGACUGGUGCUGAAAAGCGUCCCAACAGUGCUCGAGAUACUGGAGCUAGCUGCAGUCGUUACCCUUGGGAAAAUAGACAAGCAUCGAAACUUGUCCUUGGCGGUUACUCGGACUGCAACAACGACGUUAGUCAAUACUCAGUAGCAAGCCCAAUUGCUUCAGUCAACAUCGCUGACGAGUGCGACGACGCUAACAUCGAGUCUCCGUCAUCAUUGGGUACCAGUUGCUCUGAAGACGCUUCUUACGACAUGGAUUCGCCAUUGUAUCCUGAACCAGAGAACAUGAUCUCGUCACGAUUCGAUUCGCCUCCCUCAUCACCAGUCACAAAAACAAUUUCUGAUCGAUUUUUACAAGAAUGCAAUGUGCAAAAGCAAGAUCUGAACGCUGAUACACUUGCUCCAAGUGAAAUAUAUCAACCACUCGGCUUAUCCUCCGCAAGCAAGACGAAUCUUGUCCUUGCAGAGAUUGAGGCUGACCUAUCAAUUUCGUUGAGAACAGACGAGACAGAUAGCGACGGAGGCAGCAUUAUAGCUGACAUCUCGCCUCUUUUUUCCAGAGUAAAGGUCAUGGAUGCGAUGGUAAGACGGCCAGAGACACCAGACAGCCCAAAUUCGCAAUGUCGAUCUGUAUCUACCAUAUGCAAGUCUACACGUGCAUCAACAUCAAUACGAAAGAGCGCUAGGUUCUCAUUGUUUCCAACAAUCGAACCCAAGCCGAUCAAGAUCCAGUUCCCCAUCAAGGCUGGCUCGACACUAACCGAUCCAACAAGACAAUCAAUCACACCCAUGAGAUCCUAUCCCACACUCGCAAUGACCGAGCGGCAUGACGAUUAUACCCGCAAGCCUCUCGUCUCAAUCUACAACGCUGCGAACGCCAGACGUUCCUUCUUGGCACGCGACCGAGAUCACGGCUGUACUGAAUCACGACUUCCGGAACUGAGAUUGUUGCCGACACCUUCGCCUUCUGACGAUGGCAGGUUUAUGGACUUGAAUCCUUUUGAGGAGAGUAUCAAGCAGAUGGAUGAGGUGAUCGCUUGA